AUGGCUAACCGCAUGACGCCUGCUGGCGCGAGGAGUACGGGCGGCAGCAAAAGUUAUCCUGUGAUAGUCUUCCUGCACGGCGAGAGCUACGAGUGGAACUCGGGCAAUCCGUACGACGGCUCGGUGCUGGCCAGUUACGGCGGAUUGGUCGUCGUCACCGUCAACUACAGGCUCGGUAUUUUAGGUUUUCUGAACGUCAAUACGGACGCGCACCUGCGCUCGCCGGCCAACUACGGAUUGAUGGACCAGAUAGCGGCGCUGCACUGGGUACAGGAGAACAUCGCCUUCUUCGGGGGCGAUCCGAAAAACGUGACGCUGGUCGGCCACGGUACCGGGGCAGCCUGCGUCAACUUUCUCAUGACGAGCCGAGCCGUGCCCGAUGGUCUACUAUUUCAUCGGGGCGUACUCAUGUCUGGAAGUGCGCUUUCACCCUGGGCUCUUAUAAGAGGGGCUGCCAAUUACGCGACUCAAGUUGCCAAGAAUCUCAAUUGUUCGACGACGGGGGACUCGCAGGCGCUGCUCACGUGCCUGAGGGAGGUGCCGCUGUCGCAACUGCUGGCCGUCCCCGUGCGGGGCCUCGAGUUCGCUCCGGCGUUCGGGCCGAGCAUCGACGGCGUCGUCAUCGAUCCCGGCGAGCCCGAGGACCAGGACUACACGCUUCAAGUCGACACGAUCAAUACGCUCAACAAUAUUCUGCUGAGGAAGGACGUCGUCGCCAAACUGUCGAGGUACGACCUGAUGGUGGGCGUCGUGAGGUCCGAGGCGUACUUCUCGCUGACGGCUGACGACGCGCAAUACGGCAUCGAGGCCGACCGCCGCAUGAAGAUACUGCGCGAGUUCGUGAGGAACACGUACACGUAUCACCAGCCGGAAAUUCUCGCCACCAUCAUCAACGAGUACACCGACUGGGAGAAGCCCGUUCAGCAUCCUGUUAACAUAAGAGACGAGACGCUCGAGGCGCUCGGCGACGCCAACACAGUAGCACCGGCCACGCGCACCGCCGAUCUCCACAGCCAGUCCCAUCGGAACUCUUACCUCUACGUAUUCGACUACCAGACGAAAUUUGGCGACUACCCGCAGAGGCAAGGAUGCAUUCAUGGAGAGGAACUGCCUUAUUUUUUCGGUGCACCACUGGUCGCCGGACUCGCACACUGGCCAAAGAAUUACACGAGGACCGAGGUCGGCCUCUCAGAAAGUGUGAUACUCUAUUUGGCCAACUUCGCUAGGACUGGAAAUCCAAACGAAGGAACCCCCGAGCCGGGCUCUCCAGUGUCCAGACCGGAAAGAUCGAAACUCAAAAAUCUCGAGUGGACUGCCUACGAAGCAGUUCAUAAAAAAUACAUCAGCAUAGAUAUCAAAUCAAAGCUGAAAAAUCACUACAGAGCUCACAGACUGUCGUUCUGGUUGAACUUGGUGCCAGAUCUGCACAAGCCUGGCUCCGACGACGUUCCCAGAUCUCAUCACCUAUUGGACGCCGAGCAGGUACCUCCGCGAUUCAUUCAGAGGCUACCAUCGACCUCGACGCGCGCCACCACCGUGGAAGCGACGAGCCCGACCCCGACGAACGUCACCACGGUCCAGCCGAGCGAGCUGGCCUACGAGGAGUCGACGCCCCAGCCGGAGGACGGCUUCGCCGCCUACAGCACCGCCCUGAGCGUCACCAUCGCCAUCGGCUGCAGCCUGCUGAUACUCAACGUGCUGAUAUUCGCCGGCGUCUACUAUCAGCGCGACAAGAAUAAUCAGCAGCCGCCACCGAACGGCAGCAGCAACAGCGGCAGCAACUAUCCCAAGAAGAGGCAGGAAAACGGACAGAUGCCCAACAAUAUAUGCGGUGAACUCGGUGGGUACACCAGUCUAACUCGACAGCUUUUAUUUUACCUAUAUUAUAGCGUGAUUAUCACCCUGCUUUUUCGAAUACAAAAUAGAUUCCAGCAGUCUAUCAUUUAUGAAAAUUCAUUCGUCCAGGGCAAAGGGUCUCUAGCCGGCAGCGGUGGCGGGCAUCACGUGUCGAUCGAGCGCCACCACCACAUGCAGCACCAUCACCUGCCGCCGGCCGUGUUCGCCGAUCCGCCCAACAAUCAUCAUCACAAUCACGGCAUCUCGGUGCCGAUGCCGCCGCCCCCGCCCAAGAACGCCAAGCCGAGCAUCAUCGCGACCAGCGACAAGCUCCAGUCUAAUCAGCUGCUGCAGCAGCAGCAAAAUCUCAUCAUCAGUCCGAACCAUUUGCAGCAGGUCGAGAUGGGCAUGUCCAUGCAACAAGCCGGCAGCUCGAGUACCUUGAAGAGGCAGCAGCAACAUCAUCAUCAGCUUGCCAAUCAGCAGCAGCAGCAGCAGCAGCAACAUCAUCAACAGCAGCAGCAGACCAUAAUGGAGGAGCUCAGAGUCUGAGAUACGAUGACUCGCCACGAGUGCGUCGAG